AUGAACAGUAAAAAAGCCACCGUGGGAAAGGCCGUCUUCCCAGAAUCUGAGGCGACCCAAGAGAAGGGGAAGGAGAUGGAAGAGGAGGACCCGGAAGGCCCCGGAAGUGACCAGAGAGCAAGCCACGGUCCCCUUCCCCCCCUAGCAGGGAGCGGGGUUGAGUCCUGGGAAAGAGCCGUGCCAGAGAUCCUGGCUAAGGACACCGUGACCUCAGAUGAACAUUGCCAGCGCUUCCGGCAGUUCCGCUACCGUGAGGCCGACGGGCCCCGAGAGGUGUGGGGACCAUCUGUGAAGAGGGCGGCGAAGUUCUCUGAGGCAGGAGGAGCUCCGUCAGAGGAAACUCAGUGGGCGCAGGCCCAGGAGGGUGCCCAAGAUGCCCGGUCAAGUGGGAACGAUGAGAGGAAUGAGGAUGAUGAGGCACUUCGUCACCUGUUGCCAGAUGUAGUCAAGAAUGAAGACAUGAGAGGAAACUUGAGGAAUCAAGGCAGACAUAAGAGGCAAAAAGGAAGCCACGUGUUCGAGAAGAGGGAUGCAACCAUUCCUUGCCAAGGGGGGAAUUUCCAUGAUGUAAUUCAUAAGGUGGAGGAAACAUACAUGAACUUCUCAGAUCAAACCCAAUAUAAUAUCUAUUUACGAAUGCAUAGUAGAAAGAAGACCCAUCAAUGCCUGGAGUGUGGAAAGAGUUUCAUUUGUAGAGCAGAACGAAUUAGACACCGAAGAACACAUACAAGAGAGAAACCUUACCGCGGUUCACACUGUGGCAAGAGCUUCUCAGAGAAAUCGGACCUUGUUCACUCAGGAGAGAAACCUUUUGAAUGCUCAGAGUGUGGAAAGAGAUACCGUAGUAGUGGCCUUCUUAAGGUACAUCGAAGAAUCCACACUGGGGAGAAACCUUUUGAAUGCUCAGAAUGUGGAAAGAGAUUCAGUCGGAGUGGCACACUUAAACGGCAUCAAAGUACCCACACGGGGGAGAAACCUUUUGAAUGCAUAGAGUGUGGAAAGAAAUUCUGUCGGAGUGGCUCUCUUCAACAACAUCAAAGAAACCACACAGGUGAGAAACCUUUUGAGUGCUCAGAGUGUGGCAAGAAGUUCAGUCAAAAUGGCACUCUUCAGCAGCAUCUAAGAACCCACACCGGGGAGAAACCUUUUGAAUGCUCAGAGUGUGGAAAAACAUUCCGGCAGGGUAGCACUCUUCAUGAGCACCAAAAAAUUCACACAGGGGAGAAACCUUUUGAAUGUUCAGAAUGUGGAAAGAAAUUUAGUCGGAGUGGUGAGCUUCAAAGGCACCGGAGAACCCACACAGGGGAGAAGCCCUUUGAAUGUUCCCAGUGUCGAAAGAGCUUCACCUUGAGAGACCAACUUCAACAACAUCAGAGAAUCCACACAGGAGAGAAACCUUUUGAAUGUUCAGAGUGUGGAAAGAAAUUCAGUCAGAGUGGCCAUCUUCAACUGCACCAAAGAACCCACACAGGGGAGAAACCUUUUGAAUGCUCAGAGUGUGGAAAGAAAUUCAGCCAACAUAGCUCUCUUUACCAGCAUCAUAAAACACACACAGGGGAGAAACCUUUUGAAUGCUCGGAGUGUGGAAAGAAAUUCAGUCGGAGUGGCUAUCUUCGACUGCACCAAAGAACCCACACAGGGGAGAAACCUUUUGAAUGCUCAGAGUGUGGAAACAGAUUCAGUUGUAGUGGCAGUCUUCAGCUGCAUCGAAGAACCCACACAGGGGAGAAACCUUUUGAAUGCUCAGAGUGUGGAAAGAGCUUUACCUGGAGAUCGCAAAUUCAGCGGCAUCAUAAAACUCACACAGGGGAGAAACCUUUUGAAUGCUCAGAGUGUGGAAAGAGAUUCAGUUGUAGGAGCACUUUUCAAAAACAUUUAGGAACCCAUGUAACUGCUUAG